AUGGCGAAACAUCAUCCAGAUUUGAUAUUCUGUCGUAAGCAGCCGGGAGUUGCGAUUGGAAGACUUUGCGAAAAAUGUGAUGGCCGUUGUGUUAUUUGUGAUUCUUACGUACGUCCGUGUACGUUGGUGAGAAUUUGUGAUGAGUGCAAUUAUGGUUCUUAUCAGGGUCGUUGUGUAAUUUGUGGAGGUUCAGGCGUAAGCGAUGCUUAUUACUGCAAGGAAUGUACAAUUAUGGAAAAAGAUCGAGAUGGUUGUCCAAAAAUUGUGAACUUAGGAAGUGCGAAAACCGAUCUUUUUUACGAGAGAAAGAAAUAUGGUUUCAAAAAGAAUGCAUAG